AUUCACAGCCAAAGCAGGGGAAGGGUAAGAAUAAAAAUAAGGGAAUUCAAAUCAGUCAGAUAGAAUUAAUGAGGUUCCUUAAAUUCCAUGGACAUGAAGAGGACAGUGGAGAAGAUAGAGCAGAGCAUGAAGAGGUUGAAACUGGAGAUGGAAGAGAUUAGUGAGGAGCAGAAAAGCAUAGGGGAAGGGCAGAGACAAGUUUAGGAAAAAUUCGAGGCCAUGGAAGAAGAAUGCAAGCAGUUCCGGAAGGAGACGAAGUUCAUACCCUUGAAAAGUUAAAGCACCCAACUCCGCCUCUUUCUCAUGCGCCAAAUUCUCAAAGCCAGGGAGAACAACGAUCUUGCCAAGAGCUACCGAGUUGACUUAAUUUCUCCGAAUGAGGAGUUCUCAUUUUCCCCACUGUUAAAGGCUGCUUCAGAUGUUUUCAAAUCAAACGACGGGUAUAUACAUUUAAGUUCUUUUCUAUUUCCUUUUUCCGAUGCGUCUGAUUUUACGGUUUAACAGGUUGGAAUAUGAAACCCCUGACUUUGAAAUCUUAACUCUAAUCAUUGGGACAUUUUGACCUUAUAUUUGAAUUGUUUUGAUGAUGACUGGAUAACCAAAGGGAAGUUCCUUUUUUGGCAAAAAAAGGGGCAAAUUGUAAAUUUUAAUGUUUUGCAGCUGCAGGGAAAGAGGGUCAUGGAGAAGAUAGAGCAGAGCAUGAAGAGGUUGAAGAAGGAGAUGGAAGAAAUAAGUGAGGAGCAAAAAAGUAUAAGGGAAGGUCAGGGACAAGUUAGGCAAAAGUUUGAGGCGAUGGAAGAAGAAUGCAAGCAGCUUCGGGAGGAGGCGAAGCUCAUAACCAUGCAGAGUUGAAGCACCCAACUCCGCCUCUUUCUCAUGUUCCAAAUUCUCAAAGCCAGGGAUAACAAUGAUCUUGCCAUAGCUUCGGAGACGUUGACUCAAUUCGCGGUUAGUCCCUUUCCCUUCCAUUAAUUCCAAUUGUUCAAUUGCUGAUGCAUGAAUAAAAUUCAAAUCCUAUCAACCAUGUGGAUGAAACAGGGGACUGUGUUUGGUGGUAUAUUUGCCCUCUGUUUGAUGUUUUUGUUGCUUUCCCUCUACUUAGUUCCAGUUUGUCCGUCUGACAAAAACGUCUUUUAUGAAUAAAUCCCAUUUGGUUGUUAUUUGUAGCCUUAAUUCACCAUGAAAAGCAUCAGAACAGUUGAAGAAUUUGCUAGUUUUUUUAGGCAUAUCCUGAACUUUUUUUUUUUUUUUUCAAAUUUGUUACAUUUCUUAAUCCAAACUUUAAAUCAUAUUAAUUUUACCAGAGUCACCUUUUUUUUUUCUCCAACUAGUUAAGACACCCCUUCGGGCAUUUGAGGCAUUUAUGCCAAGUUCUUGAAUUUGAAAAAGUAAUUUAUUCAACAAGUGCUCAUCUACCAUGGUAUUAUACUUUUGCAAUGUUUUUCAGUAGAUGCUCCAAAAACUGCUGUGAGAAAACCCUGUGAACUUAUCACAGCAGGAUGGAAACCAGGAAUGCUGGUGAAAAAGUUAGGCAGCCAACUUCUUUUCGUAUUAGACUUUCAAAAAAAACUUCUUUUCCUGUUAUAUAAGCGGAAUACAUAUCUUAGAAGCAGAAGAUAACCUUAUUUACAAUCUGUUUUCUUACUUUUAUGCGUUCUUCUUUCCUUUUAUGUGUGCUUCUUUCCAAGUUUGAUGCCUGUAAUUAACUCUGUAUGGCAAUAAUACAUCAUAAAAAUAUCUUUUGGUGGUCCCUAAUUCUCUCUUUUUAUCUCUUGCAUUCACAUAUUCUGAUGCAAUCCCAUUCUCUUUUCUAUGCCACAAUGGUAAUGUCAUU